GAUUGUAUUGACAUGUUGAAAUAAUGGCAUUCCAGAUACGUUGUUAAGGUAACAUAGAACAUGAAACCUUCAACCAGAAAGCUGAUGGGUCCUACACGAAAUAUCCAGAAAACAUUUUUUUUUCCCCUGGAGACAAGGAUAAAUCUCACUUCAGCCCGAUGUGGAGUGACUCAUACCAUUAGGAGUCACUCUUCUUAUUCACUCUGGAAAAAAAUUUCCAAACUUCAAUAGAUAAGAAUUGUCCAGGGAAAUCAUUUACUUUCCUUGAUGCUUAGAAUCUUGUGAGGAGCUAAAAACAAGCUUAUUUAACAUUUAGUGAGCACUUUUAUUUGAGACCAAAAAAACCCACAACUUGGGUUAUAAAAGCAAGAUCUGUGAUGUUGGGCUGGCAGAGAAGGCUUCUCUCUGGAGCUCAGAUUGGUCAUAACUUACAUUAUCAUAUGACUUGUGUAAAGGCCACCUGGUAUCCAGGGGCCACAUCAAACACAGAGAUCACCCUUGAGGCUGACAAACUGGGGGAGAGACCCAGCAGCCGCAUCCUCUUAGGGGAGAAUCUAGGCUUGCUUUUGCCAAGAUAACAUGUUGAGAUUUUGUUUUAAUUUUCAAGAUUGAGAAGACAGAAGCAAUACAUCAACAAUUCCAAAAGUUUUUGACUGAAAUAAGCAAACUCACUAAUGAUUAUGAACUGAACAUAGCUAACAGGCUGUUUGGAGAAAAAACAUACCUCUUCCUUCAAGUAAGUUUGCUGUGCUUACCAUAUCUGUGAGUGGUAUUCUGAAAUGGCCAAGGGGCUCUAGUAGGACUAUGGGUCCUGAAGUCGGGCUGCCUGGCUCUGGUCACAUCCCUGUGGUGCUUUUCCAUCCUGAUCUAUAGAUAUUCAGAACUGCAGGGAGCUUCUUUAUAGUCCUGGCAAUCUAAGCCUGAUUUUUGCCUCAUCCCCAGAUAAGCUGCAUAAAAAUGUGCAUGCAGGUACUCAAUGUGAGAUGCCCAGGACCUUACAAUUUCUCUUACUGUAUUAGUCAUCCCAAUGUAUACAUAAAUUUAUUUAGAGAUGUUGGCAAUUGAUAAAUUGACUUUUUAACCUCUUUUUAUUCCUUCCUUGUUUCUCCUAAAGAAAUACUUAGAUUAUGUUGAAAAAUAUUAUCAUGCAUCUCUGGAACCUGUUGAUUUUGUAAACGCAGCAGAUGAAAGUCGAAAGAAGAUUAAUUCCUGGGUUGAAAGCAAAACAAAUGGUAGAGUAUGGGUGGGUCAUUCAUUGCAAAAAAAACCAGAAACAAACAAACAAACAGACAAAAAACACUUCUUGACAAUCUGCUGUGAGUGAAGCCCUGGACUUGUCACUGCGUGAGGGGCCAUAUAAUGCACAAGCUUUGGGAAGGGACUUGAGACAGGUUUUGCAGGGUUGGAAGGGCAAGCCUGGGCCUAGGAGGUAGGGAGGGCACUGCAGAUGGUGGAGCAAUUUCUGCAAAUGUGGAGAGGCCAAGGGGAGCCAGCAGGGGACUGCAUGAAGCCAAAUGCAUGGAAACGCUUGCUGGAGAACUGUUUACACAUAGCCAUGGAUCACAAUAUCUUGGGGGUCCCGAAAAUGGGAUGAUGCCUGUAUGCCUGUCUUGGGUUUACAUUCUUUCCUUUAUAUCAGAGCCUUUCUUCCUGAGUUUUUCUCUGUCUGUGUUAAGUGAGAAACACGCAGCUCUCCCAUCAAGACUUGUUCCCAUCCACAGCUGGGGCCACCUGGUCUUCAUCUUCACUUAAGCAUUGUGCAGGGAUAAUGACAAACGACAGCCCCCCCCCCACCCCCCACAGCAGAGGAUUUGACAACUUUCUUAUCCCAUUCUUCCUUUCUCAUCCCCUAGUAUGAGAAAUCCACAGAGAAAUGUUAAUGUGGAAAUUCACCUUGGGGAGCAAUAGUUGAUACUUUAGUGUUAGAGUUUCAGAUUCCAUUUUUAUACCAAUUAUCAGAGACACCUUUGUUACUUAGAAUGUGUUUUUUUCCCCCUCAUCCUUGGCCUGAAGAAAGGAAAUAAGAAAAGCAGAAAAAAUAGGAUCUUUCAAAAAGUUGGUUGAACAGUAUUUUUUAGUAUUUAUUGUGGGAUGGGCUGAACUCAGACAAAAAUAUCAACUCCUUCUCCAAUAUAAUAAGUAAUCCCUCAAUCUCAGGCGGUAACUAUAUUAAAUGGUAAGCAUAAUAGCUAACACAGAGUGCUUAUUAUGUGUGUGAGAUGGUGUUCCAAGAGCUUUACAUGUGUUGAAUCAUUUGCUCCUUUCAACAACCCUAUGAGGCAGAUUUUAUUCCUAUUUUACAGAUGUAGAAACUGAGGCACGGAGAGUUUAAAUAACUUGCCCAAGAUUCCUCAGCCGAUAAGAGGCAAACUGGAUGCUAACAGAGGCAUCUGACCCCAGAGUCCGGACUCUUAACCAUGAACCUCAAUUUAUCCAGUGGGAUAAAUAGGCGAUGGGCAAAAUGAGAACCUCCUUGCCGAUUCUGCCAGCGAACCCUUUGUCAGCAAGGCCCUCAGAAACAAUCAAGGACUUGUUCCCAGAUGGCUCUAUUAGUAGCUCUACCAAGCUGGUGCUGGUGAACACAGUUUAUUUUAAAGGGCAAUGGGACAGGGAGUUUAAGAAAGAAAAUACUAAGGAAGAGAAAUUUUGGAUGAAUAAGAGCACAAGUAAAUCUGUGCAGAUGAUGACACAGAGCCAUUCCUUUAGCUUCACUUUCCUGGAGGACUUGCAGGCCAAAAUUCUAGGGAUUCCAUAUAAAAACAAUGACCUAAGCAUGUUUGUGCUUCUGCCCAACGACAUCGAUGGUCUGGAGAAGAUAAUAGAUAAAAUAAGUCCUGAGAAAUUGAUAGAGUGGACUAGUCCAGGGCAUAUGGAAGAAAGAAGGGUGAAUCUGCACUUGCCCCGGUUUGAGGUGGAGGACAGUUACGACCUUGAGGCGGUCCUGGCUGCCAUGGGGAUAGGCGAUGCCUUCAGUGAGCACAAAGCUGACUACUCGGGAAUGUCCUCACUCUCUGGGUUGCACGCCCAGAAGUUCCUGCACAGUUCCUUUGUGGCGGUAACUGAAGAAGGCACCGAGGCUGCAGCUGCCACCGGCAUAGGCUUUACUGUCACAUCCGCCCCAGGUCAUGAAAAUGUUCACUGCAAUCAUCCCUUCCUGUUCUUCAUCAGGCACAAUGAAUCCAACAGCAUCCUCUUCUUUGGCAGAUUUUCUUCUCCUUAAGAUGAUCGUUGCCAUGGCAUUGCUGCUUUUAGCAAAAAACAACCACCAGUGUUAUUCAUAGGAUUAUGAAAGUCGUCCAUUCUUUUAAAUGCUGUCUCACUUGCAUUUCCAGUCUUGGCCACCAAAUCAAUGAUUUAAUGACCCCAAUAGUGUACGUGUUUGUAACCAUCCUUGAAAGUGAAAUGUCCUUUUCUUUGUGCCAUGCAUAAGGUGAGUCAAACCAAACCUCAUUAAUAAUCUCCCCUUGGUUUCUUUUGAAAGGAAAUCGGUAUCUUGCAGUUUUGUGCACUGAAGGAGACAAAGUCUCUCCAGUAACGAGUAUGAACUAGUAAUUUUGGGGAUGUCUCUUUAAUUCUAGUAUUUUGACAUGUUAUAAUACACAAGUAAAAUAAAACAAUAGUUUACUCGGCUCAUGUUAUUAUUCUCCAACAGAUAUUGUGCCAAAUUGCACAUAGGAAAGAAAAUUUAGGAAUACAGUAGCAAAACAUAAAUUAAAACUCAAAUGCCGGGACAACGUAAAACAACAUACCAGAUGGAGAGGAUGCCCGUAUUUUCAUCUUCCAUUCUAACAUUAUGCAUUGUUAGAUGCAUAAGCAUUUUGAUAUUGUGUAAUAAAUGUGGUAUUUGAGAAGAUAAA